AUGACGGUGACAUCAUCGCAGGUCCUGUAAGCACACGGCUCCUCUACAGAUACAGGUUCCUACAGGGAUCCUCUGUUGUUACCUUUUUAUAUAAGAGAAUUCUCCUGGAUGAUCAAUCAAUGAUGGAGAGAGACAGGAACAAGAUGGCGGAGAGGAUAAUAAAACUCACCAUAGAUAUACUUUUCCAACUUACUGGAGAGGAUUACACAGUAGUGAAGAAGUCCUCUAGUGGGCGCUGUCGGGCCCCUGUGUGUGAAGGAUGGGGAAGAACCCUGAGCCCAAUCCCGGGGCGCCCACCUCACUCCCUGAUACAUGAGGAAAUGGAUGAACAGAAGAUCCGAGAACUCAUCAACAAGAUGAUGGAGCUGCUGACUGGAGAGGUUCCUAUAAGGUGUCAGGACGUGGCGGUCUAUUUCUCCAUGGAGGAGUGGGAGUAUGUAGAAGGACACAAGGAUCAGUACAAGGAUCAGGUCAUGAUGGAGGAUCAGCAGCCCCUCACAUCACCAGUCAGAUCCAGUAAGAGAUCAGCACCAGAGAGGUGUCCCCGCCCUCUUCUUCCACAGGAUGAUCAGCUUAUGAAUCAGGGAGAAGAUCUGAACUAUAUUUUUUCUACAGACAUAAUAGUAAAAGAAGAGACAGAUGUGAGCAGUGAUGAGCAGUAUAAGCAGGACAUUCCUAUAGGUAACCCCCCAGAUGACUAUACCAGGAGCUCAGAGGGACUUCUGAUAUUUUCUGAUUAUAAAGCAGAGGAUUGUGGUACUACACAAGAUACAUAUGAAGAGCAUUCCUUUAACCCAUACAUAGCCUCAGGCCUUCACAGCCAAGAUCCGUCAUCUUUUGUACAGGUCAAAUCUUCUGAUUCCUCACAGAGUGUUAAGCAAAAUAAAAGUCACAGAAUCAGUGUUGUCCAUCAAAGAACUCGCACAAGAGCGAAGAUAUAUUCAUGUUCAGAAUGUGGGACAUGUUGUACACGGAAAUCAAAUCUUCUUCGACAUCAGAGAAUUCACACAGGGAGGAAGCCAUAUUCAUGUUCAGAAUGUGGGAAACAUUACAGUGACAAAUGCCAUCUUAUAGAACACCAAAGAGCUCACACAGGGGAGAAGCCAUUUUCAUGUUCAGAAUGUGGAAAAUGUUUUGCUGUGAAAUCAAAUCUUGUAAGACAUCAGAGGAUCCACACAGGGGAGAAGCCAUUUUUAUGCUCAGUAUGUGGCAAAGGUUUUACUGUGAUGUCGCGUGUUAUUGAACAUCAAAGAACUCACACGAACGAGAAGCCAUUUUCAUGUUCAGAAUGUGACAAACGUUUUAAUUUGAAAACAAAUCUUGUAAGACAUCAGAGAAUUCACACAGGGGUCAGGCCAUUUUCAUGUUCAGAAUGUGGCAAAUGUUUUACGGUGUUUUCAAAUCUUGUUGACCAUCAAAGAACUCACACAAAAGAGAAGCCUUUUUCGUGUUCAGAAUGUGGCAAAUGUUUUACUUUAAAAUCAAAUCUUGCCAAACAUCAACGAAGGCAUGCGGGAGAGAAGCUAUUUUCAUGCUCAGAAUGUGACAAAUAUUUCACAGUGAUAUCACAUCUUAUUGAACAUCAAAGAAAUCACACAGUAGAGAAGUCAUUCUCAUGUUCAGUGUGUGGAAAAUGUUUUACUCGGAAAACAAGUCUUCUUGACCAUCAAAAACUCCACACAGGGGAGAAGCCAUUUUCAUGUUCAGAGUGUGGGAGAUGUUUUACCCAGAAAACAGGUCUUAAUGUCCACCAAAGAACUCACACUGGGGAGAAGCCAUAUUCAUGUUUAGAAUGUGAUAACUGUUUUACUUACAAAUUUCAGCUUCUUAAACAUCAAAGAACUCACACAGAAAAAUAGCUAAUUAUUUUAACUUGUUUGAUUGAGAAAUAGAACAAGAAAAGAAAAUACAAAAAAAAAAAAAUUCUUUAAAGGGGUUAUCCAGGAAAUAACUUUUUUUUUUAUAUAUAUCAACUGGCUCCAGAAAGUUAAAGGGGUACU